ACACUCAGCUGGUAAAGCUCCAUAUAUGUAUAGAUCGGUACAGCCGCGAAUCGCACGUAUUUCAGAAGCUAUCUCGACGUCGCCUCAAACUCUCCAAUAAGUUUUUUUUUCGGGAGAGGGAUUUUCACGGAUUUGAGUUAACAGGCUUGCCCUUGUGAUAGCCAGCAUGAAUCAGAUUCGCGCCAUCCAGGCGCUCAACAAACGCGAGAUUGAGAAUGGCGUACCCCCCGAAGCAUCAUGGCACACAGAUUACCGCGACACCGCCUUCAUAAACUUCGGCGGCUUGCCCUACGAGCUGACCGAGGGUGACAUCAUCACCAUCUUCUCACAAUACGGCGAGCCUGUCUUCCUCAAGCUCGCAAGGGAUAAGGAAUCAGGCAAAAGCAAGGGAUUCGGGUGGCUGAAGUACGAGGACCAGCGGAGCUGUGAUCUCGCCGUCGACAAUCUAGGUGGUGCCGAGAUCGCGGGACGGCUAGUUCGUGUAGAUCACGCGCGCUACAAGGCCCGGGAUGACGAGGAUCCAGAGGAGUUCGCCGUCGGCUGGGCAGACAUGGUGCGGAAAGAGAAGGCCGCGAAAGGCGAGGCUGCUGAAACCGAAGACGAGGACGAUGAAGAGGAAGACGAGCCUAGAAGACCACUGAUAAAGGAAGAGGUGGAACUGCGAAAGUUGAUCGAGGAGCACGAUGAUGACGAUCCCAUGAAAGGAUUUUUGAUCGAGGAGAAGAAGCGAGAGGUCAGCGAAGCGCUCCAGAAAGAAAAGGAGAAGAAAGAUAGGAAGCAUCGCCAUCACCAUAGGUCCCAUCGCCGGUCACGCAGGGACGAAAGCGGCGACCGCCGGGAUGGAAGAUCGAGGCGUGAUAGGACGCCCGCAACAGGAGAAAGAGAAAGGGGAAAGCGUGAGCGAGAUGUCACACCUCAGAGGAGAGACCGCUCAAUAGAGCAAGAUCGCGAUUCAAGAAGGCAUAAUAAGGAUUACGAAAGGCAUCACAAUGGGGAACGCCAUAGGGACCGCGAAGGAAGGGACCGAGACCGUCGGAGGGAUGAAGAUCCAGCUACUAGACGGACAAAGCGCCACGAGGACGAAAGUCGGGAUAGGGACGCGGAUGCACAUCACAGAAAAAGGCGACGAAGCCGCUCACGAUCUCCGCGGCGAUAACAGGUUGAGAAGGGUUGGUUUUCGUAACGCCUGACUCAGGCUAUGCGACUAAAUUCAAUAAUGAUUGAGCACUGGUCCAACCUCAGUCCUUCACUACGUCGAUUCUUCAUGCACUCUGUCAGAAUAUGAUGAGUGUUGGUUUAUAUCACGCAGUAGUU